AUGACAGAAACACUUUUGAAUACAAAUAUGCAUGAUAUUCAUGAUAUUCAAUUAAUUCGUCAGAAAUAUGUGGAUAAUACUGCACAUUUAUCAACUCAUCCAAAAUCAUUGAAUGAAUUAAUAGAAUUACUCUAUGAAGCAUUUGCUACAAAUGAUGUUAAUAUUGAUUAUGUUCAUACAAUAAUGAAUAAUUAUAAAGGCAAUGUAAAAGAAUGGGCACCAUUUUUAAAAUUUCAACCAAAUAAAUAUACACGAAAUUUAGUUGAUGCUGGUAAUGGCAAAUUUAAUUUAAUGAUUCUAUGUUGGGCUGAAAGUCAAGGUUCAUCUAUUCAUGAUCAUACAAAUUCGCAUUGUUUUAUGAAAUGUAUACAAGGAACAUUAGUUGAAACAAAAUAUGCAUGGCCAAAAGAUGGAGGUGAAAAUACAGAAACACCGAUGGAAAUUAUCAGUCGUACGGAAUUAAAAGAUGGAAAAGUUGCUUAUAUUAAUGAUUCAAUUGGUUUACAUCGUGUAGAAAAUCCAAGUCAUACGGAUACGGCUGUUACAUUACAUCUUUAUGUACCACCGUAUAGUCAUUGUAGUGUAUUUGAUGAACGAACAGGUCGAACUAAGGAAGCACAUGUUACAUUUUAUUCGAUAAAUGGACUAUUAACAACAAGUGAAUGA